GGUUUCUCUCUGAUGUCCGUGAUGUGCAGGUGAAGGAGAAAAGUCCGUGACACUGACUUGCUUAAUAAUAAGUUUAUUAUAAGGAAGAACAGCAUCGAUCAGACAGAGAGACUGUCUGGGAGGAUCCGGCCAAAUGAAUCUCCCCGAACAGCAAACGGAGGUCACUUUUAUAUGUUUUAAACAAGUGGAACCAUUGUCACAACAUGUGAUUUGUAUCAGAAGACCAAAAAACAAGAGCCUCAAUGAUAAACCCUGUGGCGAAAUCCAUAGGAUAAUUCCCUAGACACAGGAACUACUACUACAACACCGAGUUCUUUCAACAAGAAGAUACAAUCCAUUCUGACAUAUAGCACAUGCCUAGCCACACCAACAUCACUUGUCUCAAGUCAUGAGAAUCACAUGUCUAACAGCACAUCUGGUCAGAUACUACAGUCAUUUAUGUGUCUUUACAGACUUUCUGACUGUAGACUCUCACUGUGAAAUCGUGGCCUCAGCUCUGAAGUCCAACCCCUCCCAUCUGAUAGAACUGGACCUGAGUGAGAACAAAAUCCAGGAUUCAGGAGUGAAGCAUCUUUCUGCUGGACUGCAGAGUCCAAACUGUAAACUGGAAGCUCUCAGAUUGAUGUACUGCAGGUUGUCAGAGAUCAGCUGUGAUUCUCUGGUCUCAGCUCUGAAGUCCAACCCCUCCCAUCUGGAACAUCUGGACUUGAGUUGGAACAAUCUGCAGGAUUCAGGAGUGAAACAUCUGUGUGGUUUUCUGGAGAGUCCAGACUGCAUCCUGAAGACUCUGGAAUUGUGGAACUGCAGUUUGUCAGAGAUCGGCUGUGAUUCUUUGGUCUCAGCUCUGAAGUCCAACCCCUCCCAUCUGGAACAUCUGGACCUGAAUGGAAACAACCUGCAGGAUUCAGGAGUGAAACAUCUGUGUGGUUUUCUGGAGAGUCCAGACUGCAUCCUGAAGGAUCUAGGAUUGGUGAACUGCAGUUUGUCAGAGAUCAGCUGUGAUUCUCUGGUCUCAGCUCUGAAGUCCAACCCCUCCCAUCUGGAACAUCUGAACCUGAAUGGAAACAACCUGCAGGAUUCAGGAGUGAAACAUCUGUGUGGUUUUCUGGAGAGUCCAGACUGCAUCCUGAAGGAUCUGGGAUUGGAGCGCUGCAGUUUGUCAGAGAUCAGCUGUGAUUCUCUGGUCUCAGCUCUGAAGUCCAACCCCUCCCAUCUGGAACAUCUGUACCUGAGCUACAACAAUCUGCAUGAUUCAGGAGUGAAACAUCUGUGUGGUUUUCUGGAGAGUCCAGACUGCAUCCUGAAGGAUCUGGAAUUGGAGUACUGCAGGUUGACAGAGAUCAGCUGUGAUUCUCUGGUCUCAGCUCUGAAGUCCAACCCCUGCCAUCUGGAACAUCUGGACCUGAGUAGAAACAACCUGCAGUAUUCAUCAGUGAAACAUCUGUUAGAUCUUAAGGAGAAUCCAGACUGCAGCCUGAAGACUCUGAGAUGGGAGUGAUGCUGAUCAGGAUGGUGUUUGUGGUGAGAGGAUGAAGUGUGUCCUGAUGAUCCAGAGGUUGAAGCAGCAGCAGCUGGUGUGUAGAGACUCUGACUGGACCAUGUCACUGGGAGGUGGACUGGGAACCAGUGUAAAGUGUGUUGUUAUCACUGUGUAGUUUAGUGUUGCAGCUCCACACUGUGAAUGAUGGAGAACUGCAGUUAAUGUUGACAUGAAACGUUGGAGGUUGAUGUCAGGUUGCAGAGUGUGCAGUAAGUUUCAGGAUGUUUGUGUCAGUGCAGGAUUAUAUUUCAGUUGACUUUCUAUUUCCAGCUGCAGUCAAAGUUGUUGAGCUUCUCUACCUGCAACACAUUGAGCUGAUGAGAACAAAGUGUCCUGGAAACAUGUCAGCUGAAGCCUUGGAGCCCAGAGAGAGUUUAACGAAGCACAUUUUACUGGGUUUUGAUCACAUCAUGUUGAGGAGACAAACAGCUCUGAAGAUGAAUCCAGUUUAGUCCUCAAAGGUCCAGAAGCAGCUUGUUGAGCUCAGAGUUCAUAUUUAAUGUCAACAUCCUUUGACCUUUCUGAGCUCCAGUAAAUGUUUCUUCUAGUUUCUCUCUUCUUCACCUUCACUCGGUUCCUCAUGUUCAGAAGCUUCCAGAUCACUGAUAUUCUUUGUUUUCUGAGCUGCUGCUUUCUUUAAAUCCCUCCAAAGAUUUUAACUGGGAUUAAAUCCAGGACUGAAACGAACCUCCAGGACUUUCCAGGAAGGAUUCCUGAAGCAGGCUUUGGUGGACGUUUGCUUUGGAUGCUGGUCCUGCUGAAAGUCCAGUGAGCUUCAGUUUCCUCACAUUGUUCUUGUAACUGUCCUGGUGUUUGAGAGAAUCCAUGCUGCUGCUCACAUGCUCCAGUUUAGCAGCUUCAGAGCCACCAACAGGACUGUUGAUGCUGUUCUUCUGGUCCUUCUGCCUCCAGACGUUCUGCCCAAACGGUCCACUUUAGUCUCAUCAGUCCAUCAGACUCCCACAACUCUGCUUUGUUCCAACAUGAAGAUCUUGUUGUUCAGUGUUGUCAGACUUUAGUUUCUGCCUUCAUCAGGUCCUGCAGCUCUUGACCAAUAAAACAGGUUUUCUACCAGCUGCUGCUGUCAAACAUCUGCUUCCUCUUGGACAGAUUUUGUCCAGUCUGAUUCAUUGACUCAGUUCAUCCACAUGAGAUUUCUCCUGCUCCAUUCUUCAAAUGAGCCAGAAAAUCUUCAAGUCUUCAUCAACACUCAGUCUCCUGGUGAACUCCAAGUAUUUUCUAUCCUCAGACUUAAUAAAGAACAAAACACCAAAGUCAGAGUCCAAGUCAGUCAGAGUCAGAUGAAGUCUGAGAUUUACUGUCAUUUCAGCUCCAUGCAGCAAACAGAGGCUGGUUCAUGAACACAGACUCUGAUUCUGAGCUGAAAAUCCACUUUUUUACCCUCUGACUGAUAUCUGUCCACUUGGAGCCUCAGUUCCAGGUUUUCAGUCCUUCAUCUGUUUCUGGGGAUGUUCCAGCGUUAUCUUUUAGUUUAUCAUGACCUCAUCUUUGGUAAUGAUUCAGUCUAACAUUUUUACAAUCAUAAUCAUGAAACAUAAUCCUAAAUCAUCUUGUAAAUAAAAAUAAAGGCCUUUAUGCUUUUAAAUAAAAUUUGUCUGCACACUUGAUAGAAUUGAUUCUUGUCAUGACUUUAUUUUGUUUUUCCACUAAAAUAUUGAUGGG